AUGACCAAAAACUACCCUUCCUCCAGCGAAACUCUACGCAAUCCACACCCACACCGGUCGCGCGCACAUCGAUUUGGCUCAGAGUCAGACGAGACGUCCAACACCGCUGACAGCAACGCCCACGUCACGAGAGACGACGUGACCCACAAUUACCCCUUCCUCCGCAAUCCACGCCGCUCGCACGCACAACGAUCUCGCUCAGACGACAAUCGCAACGCCUCUAACCGCAACCCUCGCCUCCCGAGAGGCGAGGCCUCAGACGGUUCAUCUGAAGAAGGACUCGGAGAGUUCGUCACGUCGCGCGACCGCGAGUCUGAUUCUGACGCCACCUCGAGCGAUGGCGCUCAUGCAAGCGCGUCGUCUCGUCAUAGCAAUCGAGGGGGAAGCUCAAGGAGGGCUGAUGAGGCGACGUCUGUGGACUCGAGGGCGCGACAGGCUCGUCGUGAUGUGUUGAUGAGUAGGCUGCAGCGAAGGGAAGACGCGGGGCGACAAGCGCGGUACGCCGAAAUGGACCGCAACGACCGUCUACACCAUGAAACCGAUCAAGAUUGUCGAGCAUUUCGCUUGUCGCUGAACAGAGACCGUCGCGAGGACGCACACGGCUCUUCCGCAUCCUCUGACACCAACUCCGAUGAACCCAUGGCCCGCCGAGAGUACCAAGGCCGUGGCAUCGGUGCCCGGAGAGACGAUUACGAUGACAGAGAUCCGGGUCCUUCCACUCCGCGAGGCUAUGCAACUCGUGCCAUUAGCGCUCGCCGUGAGGAGUACGAGGACGAUUCUGAUGGUCCUUCCGCGCCGCAGGGUUAUGGUGGUCGGAGCGGCGUUCGCCGGGCAUAG